AUGAGCGACUCUAGCCCAUACUUUCGUUCGCCGCCCAUCUCGACCGCGUCCGGCGUCAACAGGUCCGGCAAGCUUACAUGGGGGCUGCUCAACCGCCCUCAAGGCGCGGCCACACCCGAGAAGCGCCGAUCGUUUUGUCAUCCGAUUAUUAGACGACUGAGUCGGAGGUUAAGUUCGUCGCAGACCGCCGCCCAUACGGCUCGUCUACUGAUACCUCAGUCACUAGCAUCUCGGUGCAGAGAUCCAGCUUGCGCAAUGAUGGAGGAGUGCACGCUUCGGUCCCCCCAGAUGAGCCCGUCCCCCAACAUCAUCCGUGGCCAAGGGAACAUGGAUCGCACCAACGCCGCUCCCGAUGAGCCCAUCCAUCCGCCCCUCCUCCCGAGGACACUGGAAGCCGCGGGGGCUGGAGCUCCGCCCGCUUCCAUGUACGGGGCUGGCGAAAGAGGAGAGAACGUCAAAUCUGCUGAACCUCUCGCCAAGUCCGGGAAUAAUUAUUGGUGUCAUGCGGGCAAAUGA